GCACGGCGGCCCGUCGCACAAGUGUGCCUACGCAGAGAGAUACGCAAGGGCCUCGCAUUGCAGCACCGGCAAUGAUAAUUGCAACGGCAGUCACACAACAUCAUUAAGGAAAGACCACACUCCGUCACUCACACAAAAUAUAUAUUUAUAUAUAUCUAUUCAACGAGUAAAGGAAAGUAAAAGAAACGUUUUUUUUUCUGUUUGCUUGGUCGUUUUCCCAGGCACCCCGAGCAGGAGGCAACGGACUCCUUUGCGGAUACGUUACACCAUAUUUUUCUUUUCUUUUUCUUUUAGUAGCUCAUUUACUUAUUUAUUUUAUACCCUUUUAAAUGAACCGCGCCCGUCCCAGCGGCGCGGCGUCUCGUGCGCCGACCAACGCCAACGCGCGUCAACCGCGACAGACCCUUAAAGCCACCACGCCCUCCGCCAUGGCACCCACAGAGAGAUCCAAGAAACCCACCCCGCUGGCGAACCAAGUUGUCGUGGUACGAACCACCACCACCACCAGCACCGGGAGCGGUAACAGCAAGGCUUCUUCCCAUGCACCAUUGGAUGCACGACGCCAGUCCUCCUCGCCCCUCUCGCACCCAGCAAUGACUACCCCAUCCAGAGCAGCAGCGCACGACAAGAAGCAAGGACUACAUGCGCAGUCUUCUGUCGUUAAUACGACGAGCACGUCCAGCGGCCGCAAACCAAAGAUGAGUGGUGCAGCGGCAAAGGCAACGGCAACGGCAGCAGCAGCGGCAACCCCACCGUUUUUACCCAAACAGCGGCUUUCCCCGUCGCGGAAGCCCUCGUCGUCGUGCGCCGCCGAAACGCCCGACAGCCGUCGCAAGAGCGUGUCGGUGCGGCAGAAGCGAACCUCGAAGGACCACGCCGCCGCCACCGCGGCCUCUUCUUCUCAAGCACGCGGAGCCGGUGUGAAGCUCCCUCCCCUCUUGCGAGAAGAGCAGACGAACGGGUCGGGUAGUGAGCUUCUCUCACCAGCGCGACCGGCGUCGGAAGGCGUCAGCCCCAUCCGGGCGCUGUCCCCCCUUCACAACUCCGUUUUUGCGCACACCAUGGCACCUCCGCCCCCGCUGCUCCAGCACCACCGUCACUACCCAACCAACGGACUGAGUGUGCACAGCAGCGCUAGUGGUGUGACAGGGAGGGAGCUGUUCGAGCUGCGGCGGAGAAGCCGCGUGCUCGCCCCCGUCUCACCGAUUAGCACGACGAGCACUCCUCCGUCGUUGGGUAAGUGCACACCGCUGGAGCCCGCAACACGCACCUCGUCGAAGCCUGCCUCGCCGCAGUCCUCUACGUCGUCGUACAACGCGCUACUCCACCAAGGCGACCGCUGCGCCGAUGUGUCAGCGUCGACCCCCACGGCUACGUGUGCUGAUGUUCCUCUUACUUCCUCUUCGACCUCCUCUUCGCAACUCCCCAUGAACCCCACGGCUUCUCAUGUUUCACCGCAUGCAGCGGCGGGGCCGAGGUGCGGAAGAGAGGAACAGAAGAAGAAAUCGAUGACCACAGCGGCAGACUUACUCUCCGCACCAGUGACAGAGCGCGGUGGCACGACGGCAAGCUCCACGAAGGGCGGGACGGCUGUCGAUACGGCAACGACGCCGUCCCCAACAGACGAGGCGGUGACCCGCAGCGAGGCGGCCGAGGUGGAAGACGAAGUGGAGGACCUCGGCGACGACAAGGUUGACGCAGACGUUGACGCAGACGUCGAAGACGAGGGCGAUACGAAAGGCCGCGAGGGCACCGCGGAGUCACUGGCGGCCACAGAGACGUCCCGCGAGGACGAGGACGACUCAGAGGUGGACGUCUCCGCCGACAUCAGCGGGAACAGCGACGAGGAGGGCUCCGAGGAGGACUACUCUGACGAAGAGUCGGAAUCUGCGACGGAUGACGAGGAUGAAGAGUACGAGGAGGAAGAAGACGAAGACAGCGACGAGGACGAGGAGGAGAGCGACGCGGAACCGAGUAGCACCCACCGGAGAGGCCAACGACGACGGAGCACCUCAUCGCCCGCGUCACGCGUGGCCGUGGGCGGUGGCGUGGCGGCGGCGGUGGCGAUACGCGCCAAAGACAAAUCCACGCCAGGUAAGCCGGCAGACGAAGGCGGAGAGGAUCCUCCGUUUUUGACGAAGCGGUCGAACACGAUCGUGACGGCGAAGCCCCACCACCGCAACAGCAACGGCAAACGGAGGAAGAAGAAAGACUGCGUCGAGGCGCCGCGGAGCAUCUGCACGAAGGUCUCGCGUGAGGGCGACGUGAACGUGAAGGUGGUGUACGCCGUCCGCACCCGCCACUGCUUCAAGCGCUUUGUGAAGGAGAUCAUGACCCGCUUCAGCUUUGCGAAGUCGACGGACUUCGACAUGUACUGCAUCGACGCGACAGGGGAUCGGGUGGACAUCGACAUCGAGGAGGACUUUGAGCAGCUGCUCGACGCCUUCGAAGCCGCGAUGGUGCGCACACAGGAGGCGCAGAACACCCCGACGCUGCCGCAGUUCUCCACCCCCGCGGGGCUCACGGAGGGCCCGCGCGGCGGCUACAGCGCCAACGCCUCUCUCGAGGAGCGGCAGGGUAAGCCGACGUCACCAGCCACCGCAGCACCGCGAUCGCUGCUCGCGAGCCAGCUUCAAAACUCCCACGACGGCGCCACUGCUGGCGGCAGCUUCGGCUCUGCGUGGGACUACGGUGGCAGCUCACACCCCCUCGGCACCGAGGCGGAGUACGGCAGCCCGUGCGGGAGCACUAGCACAAGCGGCACACAGAAGCAGCAGUUACCUGGUUCUCUCUCUCCGUCCUCGGGCUUCGGGGCCUCCACCAGUGUCGUGGGUGGUGGAAUGGAGAACGACGGGAAGAGCAGCGCGAGUGUGCUGCGCUUGUACGUGCGCUACUCCAACGCGUACUACCUUGUCCACGGCUACCCCGAGCGUCCCUGCUCGCCGAGCGCCUCGCCGUCUCUCUUCGCCUCGUCGAACCCGCCAGGUCGCACUACCGACCCGAAUGUGGCAGCGCUCUUCACAAACCAGCUGCAGCAACUCUCCGCCCUCCGACCCCCGUCCGAUGACGAGCGGCGCUCCGCUGAUCAGCUGAACGCGCUGUCAAACGGAGGCAACGGAACGCACGCGGGCAACGGCUGCAGCUACGACGACUCGCCCAUCGUGCAUACGUUGCUGGGCAGCAUGACCGGCAGCGCCACGGGGCCGACCGCCCUGCUGCUGCCGCAUGGCAGUCGGGGGAAGGUGAAUGAGGGGACGUCGCACUUCUUCAACGGACUUGGCGGCACCGUCGGUGGAGGGCUGUACGGCGCAGGAGCGAGCGUGCGGUCUUCUCACUUCACGGGCACCGGCGUUGAGCUGCCGUCGGCGCAAAAUUCGUCCUUCGCGAUGCUGACAGAGACGCAGCGCGACGCAUUCACGUGCACCUUCAUGGUAGAUGGGAGUGCGCUGGUGGAGUGGCGCCCGGUGAGUGUGCUGGGCAAAGGCUCCUUCGGCACCGUCUACGAAGGCAUCACCCUGGAUGGCAAGAUGAUUGCGGUGAAGGUGCAGGAGCUGCCGAUGGACGACGACGCGGCGGAGAUCAAGGCACUGCAGACGGAGAUUAAUCUCAUGCGGUCGCUGAAGCACCGAAACAUCGUCGCUUACUACGGCUGCCAGACACGCGUGGCGACCACGGGCGGGCAGCAGAUGGAGAUUUUCCUCGAGCUGUGCCACGGCGGCAGUCUCGCCACGCUGCGGCGGAAGUUGAUGAAGACGCAGCAUGUCUUUGCCAUCUCGCUAGUGCGCUCCUACACCCGUCAGGUGCUGCACGGUCUGGCCUACCUGCACGCCCAGCACGUGAUCCACCGCGACAUCAAGAGCGACAACGUCCUCAUCUCCGCGACGGGGGAGGCGAAGCUGGCGGACUUCGGCUGCAGCAAGCGCUUUGGCGGCGGCACCGUGCAGGCGAGCCCGGCAACGCUGCCGUUCUCGACCUCGCCAGCCCCCGCCCCACCGGUAGCGGCCCCGGCGGCGAUGUACCAGACGAUGGUCGGCUCACCGUUUUUUAUGGCGCCGGAGGUGCUGCGGGAGGACGAGGGCGGGUACACAAGCGCGGCCGACAUCUGGUCCGUCGGCUGCCUCGUGAUUGAGCUGCUCGGGCGUGAGCCGUGGGAGGUGACGGGCACGAAUAUUUUCCAAAUGAUGUUCCGCAUCGCACGGGAGCAGGGCAUGCCGACCGGGGUGCCACCGAACUGCCCGGCAAUGCUGCGUAGCUUCUUUGAGCGGUGCUUUGAGCGGGAUCCGGCGAAGCGCGCGACGGCGGCCGAGCUGCUCGAGCAUGAGUGGAUGACGUGUCCGGACAAGCUCUUGGAGGAGGUACCAACGGACUCGGUAGCGGGGUAG